AUGUCGACCUUGAACGAUUCACGAUUUCUAUCUCUGCCAGUCGAGAUCAGAGAUCACAUAUACAGCUACGUCCUGCUCGGAAUAGGUCCUUCUAAGCACAAAACCCCCCACUGCGGACCCGCAUACUACAUCCACGACUUCUGCACACACUCCUCACAAGACGCAUUAGUAAGAAGAAGACAUCCAGACAUCUGGAACAUCACCGCGCGCAACCACCCUCUACUCUACACAAAUCACCAAAUCUCCAACGAAGGCUUCGAUUUCUUCCUAGCCAACAACGAAUUCAUCCAGGAUAUUCUAGUCACCAGUCUCGCCUCCUCAGCCUGCAAGUUCCUGAAUUUAUUCAUCACAGGCAUCGGGGAGAGAAAACAUGCCGUGCGAAUAAUGGGACUGGCCAUUGAGGACCCUGACGAAGAGCGGUUUGCGAAAUUACUCGAUUGGCUCAUCAUGUUUGCCAAUGUCGAGAAAAUCAGGACGGGCGUGACGGUGCUGCGAGUGAAACUGCAACGACCGACAAAAUCACCCGCGCUCUUCACGCCUGUUGGGGAAGCGUGGUCAAUCACGCCCAAAGAUGAAGAUAUGAUGGUAUUCAACAUCAUCGUCGGAGAUGCAAAAGCGUCGUGGGCGGAAUUCGACAAGAGCAAGAAAUCCGAUUGGGAGGGCCGUCAAAGGGGGACGCAAAGAAUACUCAACUCGUGCUAUGAUGUGGGCAUGGAGAGCGUAAAAGGUCGUGAGAGUCCAUGGCGAGAGGAAAGACGGGUUUGGUGGGAAGAAACUUGGCAGACCAUACACGAGAAGUUUCAAGGCUGGAUGGAGAUCAUGGACGACUUGAAGGGACCGAUGGUGCUUUGGUAUGGGACACUGCCCCAGCAGCUUCAAUCAGCACGGGGGCUGCGUGGUAUGCUGCUAGCCUAG